AUGAAGCCUGAUUCGUUAUUUUCAAAGUCAGCGGCUCUCUUAGAACACAAUAGCCUCGGUUCUUUGUCAGACAAUAGCGAUAUUGGCAUGGUGGAUCCUGUGCAAUUCACCAUUCUGCAGCAACAUUUUGACCAACACAUCUACAAUCACUAUGGCCGGAUCGUUGUUGUUAACUUGCUCAAUCAGUACGGUAUGGAGCAUCCACUUGGCCGUGCUUUCGCAUUCGCUACCCUAAAGUUGAAUCAGAAGGAGGUCAAGUACGUCUAG